AUGUCAAAGCAUCGGCUGCUCGAGAGUGAGGCGGUCGUUGAGCUGGCCCAACACAUCUCGGUGGUGGCCUUCCAGUCGGCGUCAGGUCGGAGAAAGGUCAAGCCACCUCGUUCAGGAUGCAGCCAGAUCGCAUUGCAGGUGCUUUUGGUCGGGCAUGGGCUUCGAAGAGCUGCUCUGGUGGACGCGCUCAGCUUGUCCGCGGCUCAAGCAUCUGCCAUCAGUGAGGCGCUCGACUCUCUCAGCAAGCAGGCUCAUGACGAGAGCGAGGCCCUGCGAGAGGUUCGGCUUCUAUAUCAUGCAGCGACAUCGCAAACGUUCAUUGUCAGCACAAGAGACAGCCUCUGGAACGACGUUGCAAGUCUGAAGGAGAGAUCUCUACAACAGAGCCAGAGCUAUCCCGUCUUAUGGGUGGACGCAAGAUCUACUCCCCAACACAACGCACCGACCGCUACAACUCCUGAUACCCACACAACCCAGCUCAUCGAGGCAAUAUCCGAAGCUGUUCAGAGGGAGGGCCCCGGGAAUGCGCUCGUCAUUUUUCAACCAGACCAGGCUCGGAUCGACACCGAAGAGUUUCAGCUAGUCGGUGUGGCGCUUGCCGGCCUGCUGCUCGAAUACGGUGCUGUAUAUUGUCUCCAUAAAGUCUCGCCCAGCCAAGAUGUAGAGGAAUACCACAACGAAGUGAGACCGCUGAAGCUCAAGGGAAAGCCGACUGAAGAGGCUAGCUUUUCAGCUUCACCAACGAAUUGCCUCGGCUCGCAGCCGCUGAUGCUGUACAGAGUCACGUGGUCUCAUCACACUGACAAGAUGGAGCUGCUUGCAUUCUCAGUGCCUGAACGCCUCAGCAGCGAAGGAGGUGUCGAGCAUCUUCGUGAAGCAUUGACCAAGACUUUCCGAAGCCGACUCACUCGAAUUGACUCAGUCAAGCCAUCAGCCUUCGCGAGAGAACUCAGUUCCGGCAGCAUCAGUGUGGAUUUGACGACGGUCACUCUGCCGCAAGUAGCCUUAUGA